AUGAGCAUGUUCAUAUGUGCGUACGCGGUCGUUAAUGCGUGUGCAGUUUCAAAGUCUCAGCUGAAUUUUUUAAAAAUUUUUAUCUUUGUUGAAUUUAUUUUAUUUGAAGGAAAUUCCAGUGAUUCAGAAGAAGACCAGAACGCCAGUAGCAUAGAGAAUCAAGCUAUUCCCAACUCUCACAGAGUGUCAGAUUCCAAAUCUCAUCAACACCACACCAAAAUAGAUAUCAUCAAGAAAGAACAAGCCAAGAAUACUCAGCGCUAUAAAGUGGAAUAUGAUUCACAAAGUACAGACACAUUGAAUUUCUCUUCUGAAUCCAAACAAGAGACUGAAUAUGGUCCCUGCCGUAGAGAAAUGGAAGACACAUUAAACCACCUUAAGAUCCUGAACGUCUUGAGUCCAAGAGGAUUCCAUAUUCCAAACUGUGACAAGAAGGGAUUCUACAAGAAAAAGCAAUGCCGCCCUUCCAAAGGCCGAAAGAGGGGUUACUGCUGGUGCGUGGAUAAGUAUGGACAGCCACUCCCUGGAUAUGAUGGUAAAGGAAAAGGAGAUGUCCACUGCUAUAACUUGGAAAGCAAAUGAGUGUCAGAAGCCAUCUCCUAUGGAAUCUGUGUGCCAGUUUGACCCAUCAGAGACCUUGGAGGGACUGGAGAAAGCGUGGACUGCAUUGGACUUGGAGUUAUGAGUUCUGCCUCCUACUGAUAUUGGGAUUCAUUGACUCGAGGGACUCCGCAGCUGCACCCUGCCACUGACACACUUCCAGCUUUCUAUAGAACAUAUAGGGAGCUCUGAAUUCCCAAGUAAAUCUGCACUAUUGAUCCCCAGAUAGAAAAAGAAAAGGCACUUCAGAAUGGAUUCAGGGAGUCUCCACUGACUUUUUAAAGAAUGGCCUGUGACCAAUUUGAUCCCGAAAGAUACUGUUUUAUUUUAAAGAAUUUAUAGAUUGUAAGCCUGUAAAAACAUUAAAAACCCAAGGAUUUAAAGUUUAAGCUUUUUUUAUACAGGUCUGACGGGAAACUUAUCUUCACGGGUAAAAUGUUUUAUAAAAAUCUCAAAGAACUUUUUAGAGAAGCGUGUUUCUAAAAUAAAGACGUGGCUAUUUUUCUGUAAAAUAUAUUAUGAAUAUUCUGUUAGUCUGUAUUUAAUAUAAUUGUUUUUUUUUAAUAAACUUUAUUUAAAUGUAACAUGAAUACCAAAUGUUACACAAUAAUUUUGGUGUAUUCUACUGAACCUAUGCAAGUUUAAAAAAAAAACCAACAAAAAAACAAGGGGAUUAUAAAUAGAAUCACAUUUAUAUAAAAACUUACCUAAUCUGGAUGAUUCAAAAUUGUUUUGCUGAGUGAAGAAUAUGUUUCCUAAAGAGGCUAAGUUUCCUAGUGUUUUAAUCUGUCUGUUUCUUUAUUGAUAUAUCUAGGCACACAUCACUGUAAUAUUUAGGUGCAAGGUAGAAAAUUAAUACUUCCAUUGAAACUGACCAUAACAGAGUCCUCUGUACUCUCUAACACACUGCAGCUGCUGUAACACAGCUUCUUUUUCUUCCAUCCCCCUUUAAAAUUGUUAAUACUAGCUUCAUUUUUUGUCCACAAAUAUUUUUCCUUCUAAUUAUGAAACUAUUUAAAACUUUUUUUAAAGCUUGUAUCCAUUUUAUGUUGCCUUGUUGCAGUCAGCAAACUGAAGACCAUAUUCUACCUUCCUUCUGCCUGAGAAACUCCCAUUAAAGUCAGUGCCAAAAAUGUGUGGGCAUGAGGAUGUGGAACUGAACUGUGAGACGUUGGGGACACAAUUUUGCCAUCACGUGGUUGCAACUUCCUGACUUCAGUGGGCAUUGCCUGCAUCUGAGGGCUCAGUUGGAAGCAUCCAAUCCUGAAAAUCUUUUUUCUCUUUUAAUUCUAGAGAUGGUGCAUUUUCAAUCAGAGAUUCUUUCAGUUAAGGAGACAUUUGGAGCUAGCUUGGGUCAGACUGCCCAUUGCAAUUCACGAGAUAGUCUGUGUAAAAAAUCAGUGGGAGCAUAUGCCCUGUGGAGUUUAAUAUACUUUAUGUCAGUGAGUGGUGCAACCUUAAACAAUUUCAACCUCAUUUCUUAUUGGGUAAGUAGUUAAGAAUUAAAUGAUGUCUGUAAUCGCUGGCCUUGUGCUAAUGCAACAGCCUUACACAGACCCUGUGUACUUUUUAAAUUAUUAAUCUGGCCAAACAGAGCUUACUUUAACUUAAAUCCUAUCCUUCAAAAGAUUAGGAAAAAUGUUCGUGAGGGAAUUUGUGUUCCAAAAUAUGUCGAAUUUUGAAUAUUUGAGAUUCAAAAAGUUGUGUAAACUGAAGGAAAUACUGCAAUUGUUGCUUCUAUAGUUUUACUGACAAAGCACUAAAAUGGCACUGGUUUUAGUUUUAACUAAGUCACUCAAAUAGUGUCACAUGAACAAGAAAUUUGAUCUAUCAGUAUGUGGGGACAUAACCAUAGCCUUGGUGCUAAAGGCCAAAUGAAUGAGAGAUGAGUCAGGCUUCAUGAUGGGGGGGAAAAAAAACCCUCAUUCCUGAACUACUGAAAAUGUGAGCUAGUAUCUGCACAAAAAAGGUGGAUGGAUGUCUUCCAUGCACAUUCUACCUACAUGCAAGAAAUAUUAAGAGCCUGUGGCAACAUUUCUGGCUUGUUUUAAAUCCUUGGAAGUUUAUUUUUUCCUCCUUGACAGCUAUGAGAACUAUAUAUAGAUAAAUCCCAUGGUUGACGAAGGUUUUGAAUAACAAAAUAUCCUUUACUGUAUAUACUGGACCACUUUUUAAAAGAAAAUUCUUUGACAACUUGACCAAAGCAAGCAGACUGGGAGUUCUAUGAAUUAUUUAAAAAUAUGAUAAAUUAAUUGACAAACUCUUGUGCUUGUGCAUUGUUAAUGAAUCUAAUCUUCUGUUUGUAACACAGAAAAAACCAUAAAAGCAGCAAAAUGAUUUUUACAUCUAUGCAAGUCGGCUUCAAUAUUUUUUCCUGAGACUUGAUUUUUUUUUUUAAAAAUCAAAACAAAAAAUGUUUCCAAAAAUAGCAAGUAAAAUAUUUCUCCUGUAUUUUAAAACUUCACCCAUGUUCAGAAGUUGUCUGCUGUAUAUUUUACAUGGAUACGGUAUAGUUACUCUAAUAUCAAACACUGCACUUGGUGUAUACAACUUCCCCAGCAGGCAACUUACUGGUAUGAAAUACAAACUAACCUUAUUGCUAUCACAAAAACAGUUAUUAAGAUGAAGAUGAGCUAUUUUUUUCAUGUUACUAUUUCUAUUAAGACAAGGGUUCAAUUCAACAAACAAGUUAUAUGGGUAUUCAAUGUUUUUCUCAUGGAAAUGGUUGCAAAGAAGUCAGACUGUAUAAUGAGUACCCAAUUUAAACACAAAAUAUUUGUGGGUUAUAUUUGAGCAGGAGAAUGUGGGAAAAAUCAGGUAAAUGUGCAAAUGUAUAGGUCAUUCAGUAUCAGUGAAGGGAAGGAUCUUUCACAGGUAACCCAGAUGAAAAUAUAACAUUCAGAGAAGCUUCAUUAACACUAAUUUUUUCCCCACCGGUUUAGGUAAUUUUAUAGAGAAAGAUAAAGUUUAAUGUGCAUCUGAAUAUACAAAAUAUAAAUGUUAUUUUUAAAGAUAAAGAGACAAUAUAUAGAAGGUAUUGAUGAGGUAAGUGUUUAUUUUAACCAGAGUAAUACAUAGCUGCCUAGUAAGACCCCAUAAAUAACCAGAAUACAAGUUAAAGCUGCCUGCAGGCAGCUCUAUUAUCUUUCAAGCUAUUUAAGAAAGUUUCCUUUUUUUAAUAAACAUACUCUGCUAUAGUUUUUUGAGCUUAGAAUAUCCUUUUCCACCUUUUUGGCACACAUACCCUUCAGGGCAUAAUGUUAGCUAUUUGUACGCUGGGGGACGGAGGCUUCAAUGAAUACCAAAACCACAGAAUUAAUUAGUUUUUAGUACAGUCUGAACUUUUUAUGACUAAAUUCCAUAGAAGCAUUAACACAGCAUAAUUCUUUACUAAACUGAGCCCUAAAUUUAAGUAAUGGUUUUACAAAUAUGUAGGGAAAUCAUGUUUUGGUAUCUCUAGUCACUCUUUAAAACUGGGUAACUAUGGAUAGCUCCACAGAGAUUUUAUGUAUUAGCCACACAAUUUAUAUUUAAAGUAUGAAAAGUGCUGAGCAACUUUGCUGGAUGCUAGAGUUUAAUAUUUAAAAUGAUAUGUUUAUAUGGUUAACUAUUUUGUAAGUGGGCCAACUGUGCCUUUUAAAAUUAUAGAUGUCUUUUAAUUUCUAUCAGCAGGAUGUAUGCUUCCUAUAAAAAAUGACUUUUAUUUCUCUUUUUUUAAUGAAUUCUAAAGACUAAGGAUAUUUGAAUAUUCCAAAGGUGUGCUUUUUGUGGUCAGUGCCUGUAAUAAGACUAUUUUCAAGUGUGUGAAGUUUAUUAUGUGUCGGGAUAUUAGGAGAGAAAUGUUUCUGUAUGUCCACUGGGGCUAUGCAUCUUCUUUCAACUGGAAGCCAUUUAGUCUGUCAGCAUGUGGUGUUUUACUGCCUAUAGCUCCCCAGCAUUGGAUUUUUGCACUAAACAGUGGGUUGGUUGAGAGAGUAUCCGCCUGUUUUGUACUAAAAACAAAAACAAAAAAAUUCUACGGGCAGCACUAAGAAACAGAACUGUGUUGUUUGUUGGGAAAAGAAUUUCAUUUAAACCACUGCCUGCAUUUUGUGCUGUGUAACUACUUCUAGUUGGAAUUUUUAAAAGCCAGAGCCACACACUGCUAUCGUGGGAAAAAUUCCAGAGUAAGAUUAAAAAUAUAUAUUAAUAA